AUUAUAUUAAGACGUUCAAAAUGAUGCAUUGUGUGCAUCCGGUGGUGAUUCCGAGACCAGAAGAAGAAUGGCGACGAUUAAUUGUUUCUUCUGGGAUUCGCAAGCCACGACAGAUUUCAUUGUAUCGGCAUCAUCCGUAUCUUCUUGCUAAGCUUGUUUCAAAAUCGAAGCAGGAUAUUUUAGAGGAUCGAGAUGGUCCAUUUGCUCAAUAUGUUGUUUCUCCAUUUCUUUCGUCAAUACUUGAGUCUCAUGCACCUGAAUUCAUUGCUCAGAUUGUUUGUCUGAUCUGGUUUGAGACUGAUUUAACAUUGUUUUCUAUCAUUUCUAAUGUUCAAUCAUUGAAUCUGUUAAGUCCGAAUUCUUUUCCUAAAGAAGAAUUCCUUUCAUGGAAUCGAGGUGUCCUUUCUUCUAUAAAUAUUUCAAAAAAUGUUAUUUUUCUUGCACUCCUUUUUAUUUAUCGUUUAAAGGAGAGAAAUCCGAUGAUUCGAGGAAAGUCUGGGAGUGAGUAUAGGCUUUUAACAAUUGCAUUAAUACUCGGGAAUAAGUUUCUUGAUGAUAAUACUUAUACAAAUAAAACAUGGGCGGAAAUUACUGGGAUAUCUGUGAAAGAGAUUCAUGUUAUGGAAGCUGAAUUUCUUGUAAAUAUUCAUUAUUCGCUUCUUGUUUCGAAGACUCAAUGGGAGGAUUGGCAGAUUAUUUUGGAAAGACUUUGGACAUAUUCUGCGGGUUUGAUGAAGAUUCGGUUUUUGCGGAGUUUACCUUGCUUAUCAGUGCCUUCUGAUAUCGCAUUAUCUUGUACCAAUAGUUUACAUCUUUCUCAGUUUAUGCCUAUAGUAUCGACACAGUCUGUUCCCUUAGUUCCUUCUUGGGGUUAUUUAAAGGAGUAUUCUGUAGAAUUAAAACAUAAGGAUUGUAUUUUAGGUACAUCUGCUGUAUCCCUGGUUAAACGGACUUUAUUGAGUCGUAUUAAUAUGCCUUGUUGCAAAUCUUAGUUAUUUCUUA